GGGGUGUGGUGUAAUUAACCAUUUACGCACAAGUGUGGGUGUUUAUAAAGAUCAUACCCCCACUCAAAGAGGGGGCUCUCUUUGGGGGGCUUGGGGUUUUUCUUUUCUUGUUAUGUUUGGUGUUUGAGAGUUUAUAAAUUGUUCUUACGAGCUACAACUUUGCACUCAUAGAUUUACGAUCUCAGUUUCUGAGGUAAAGGGUGGUCUCAUGUGUGUUUGACAUUCAGCUUUUUGAUAUUUAUGGAGCAAACUGUUGAGAGGUCUCCGAAUGGACAGAGGGGUUUCAGAGUUCAAGCUCCGCUGGUUGAUUCUGUAUCGUGCUACUGCAAGGUCGAUUCAGGAUUGAAGACGGUUGCUGGGGCAAGAAAGUUUGUACCAGGAUCUAAAAUUUGUAUCCAGCCUGAUAUUAAUCCUCAUGCGCACAAAGCAAAGAGUUCCCGUAGAGAGAGGUCCAGGGUGCAACCACCACUUCUACCCGGACUUCCUGAUGAUCUUGCAAUUGCUUGUCUAAUACGAGUCCCUCGUGUUGAACACAAUAAGCUACGCUUAGUUUGCAAGAGAUGGUUCAAGCUCCUUGCUGGAAAUUUCUUUUACUCCCUCAGGAAGAAUCUUGGUAUGGCAGAAGAAUGGGUAUAUGUAAUCAAAAGAGAUCGUGACGGGAGGAUUUCAUGGCAUGCUUUCGACCCUACCUACCAAUUAUGGCAGCCUCUUCCACCUGUUCCAGGGGAGUACAGCUCGGCUCUCGGAUUUGGUUGUGCUGUCCUUAGUGGCUGUCAUCUAUACUUAUUUGGAGGAAAAGACCCUCUAAAGGGGUCUAUGAGACGAGUGAUCUUUUACAGUGCUCGGACGAACAAAUGGCACAGGGCACCAGACAUGCUUCGUAGAAGGCACUUUCCUGGUUCAUGUAUCAUGAACAACUGUCUUUAUGUAGCUGGUGGAGAAUGUGAAGGGCUCCAGAGAACUUUGAGCUCUGCUGAAGUUUACGAUCCCAACAGAAACAGGUGGAGUUUUAUUGCCGAUAUGACCACAGCUAUGGUUCCAUUUAUUGGAGUAGUUUAUGAUGGCAAGUGGUUUGUAAAAGGACUUGGAGCCCACAGAGAGGUUCUGUGUGAAGCCUAUACUCCAGAAACUAAUGCAUGGAAUCCAAUGAAUGACACGCUGGUUUCUGGUUGGCGCAACCCGAGUAUCUCUAUGAAUGGAAAGCUUUAUGCUUUAGACUGCCGUGAUGGGUGUAAGCUAAGAGUAUACGAUGAAGGAACAAAGUCUUGGAAGAGGUUCAUCGAUAGCAAGCUCCAUCUUGGCAAUUCUCGUGCUCUCGAGGCUGCUGCUCUCGUUCCUCUUAAUGGAAAGCUUUGCAUAAUCCGUAACAAUAUGAGUAUCAGUAUGGUUGAUGUCUCGAACCCUGAUAAACAAAUCGAGAGCAACCCUCACAUUUGGGAAAAUAUUGCCAAUAAAGGCCAUUUCAAGACUCUCUUCACGAAUUUAUGGUCAAGUAUCGCUGGAAGAAGUGGACUGAAGAGCCACAUAGUGCAUUGUCAGGUUCUCCAAGCAUAAAAUAGGCUUCCCGACUUUAUUCUCUAUUCUCUCCAUCUACAGUAAAAUGUGUUGACGCUGAUUACCAAUGUUCGUUUUCUGCUCUUUUUGACUCAAGUGCUUGCAUCUACAUUGUUACUCUGCAUACCUACAAUUUGUUCGAGCGCUGAACAUGAAUAUGGCUGCAGAGCAGUAAGAUUUAUGCAGGGGCAUUUUCUUUACCAGUGGAAUCGAGAAACAACAAUCUUUUCAAGCUCUGGUCUCCAAAUAGAGUACUUUUUUCAGAGACAAACCUUUGAGGUGAGAUUGUAUACAUACAUUAAUGAAACAGAUAGCAGAUAGCUUUUGAACUUCUGCACAUUUUUGUUAUCUAUCUUAGUAGUUGUCUUAUGGUCAGUAGCUUGUGCCAUUGAAAUCUCACUUUGUGAAUAGAUCGCUCCAGUAAAUUGCUAAAACAUUAGAUCAUAUUUUUUCACAGAUCAACUAGUCUUUAAUUUCUUGCUGCACCGGCUUGCACACCUUUGUCAGAUCAUGGUCAGAUUGUAGAGUGUCCAUAUAGAAAUAAUCACAAACCAUGUUAAUGUGAUACCUUGGACACAUGUACUUGUUUGUCGCUCGCCAUGCAAUACAAUCUCAGGUGCCGUAAAUUCUAAUGUUAUGCAUGGAACCUCUUGCUAGUCUUGGCAUGUCUUUAUUUAGUAUGACAAAGAAAAUGAUCAGGGGCUUUAGGAUUGGCAUAGUCUUGGUGAGGUGUGAGGCUUCAAUAGUAGUAUGGAGCCUGACUCAGUGUUACGCCUUGCCCUUGAGUAAAUUUCUAAGCUUAUAUAUAAUGCCUUACGACCUAGUUACAUAUGGUCGAAGGUUGGUCAUCUAUCAUACUUGUACCAUAAUUCUAUCCUAGUAAGUUAAAGUCGAGAGCUGCAGACAUGAGAUCGACUCAUCUUAACCACAUAGAAUUCUGUGUGCAACCACUUGCUGCAUUUUCCAUCACAAGAAUAAUAACAAUACUACAUACUAGUAAUAGUAACUGUAUUUGGACAAUUCUUUGCUUCUUUCCGGCCAUGCAUGCUUUAGGUUCCCUAGACCAUUCUAUCCCUGGAACGCCUGAGCGACUCUUCACGCUCAAAUUUCAGCUGCUUCCUGAAAUUCUUGAUGAAAUCAUCGGCUCUUUUGUUCACAUCCUCCACAAGGAACUGCUUCCGCGCUGCUCUUUUUCUGGUAUCUGUUUUUCUCUGAGACUGAUCAUUGAUCUUCUUGGGUCCACUGCUUGAGCAAUCUUCUUGAUGAUGAUCCAUCAGUGCUGUGCCUCUGCACUUUCUUUAGCUAGAUUUGGGGGUGGAGAUACAUAUACACACACACACACACACACACAAUGAGGGAGAGGAGUUAUCAUGGCUUCAGAAGGUUGAUCUGAAUGCUUGAGCACGUUUUCGCGUGGAGGAAAGUGG